CGCAGCACCAGCCUGCAUAACGUUUCAUAGAGAGAGACUAUCAGACGAAGAGGAGCGGAGGGGACGUCAAAAUGGUCCAGUGAGAGCGGAGGAUGCCAGUGAUGAGUCAAAGCGGUACCUGUCUAUGGACUCGGCUCCCACAGAGCAGCCGGUCUCCGUGUGAUCGCUACAAGCACGCCUGCUGCAGCUACGAUGGAAAUGUCUACAUCCUGGGAGGAAGAGAGAACAGCUGUCUGAGGGACUUCUGGAGGUACAACGUGGUGUGUAACGAGUGGACAGAGCUGAGCUGCACUGGAGAUGCUGCACCUGAAGAACUAGAGGAGCAUACUAUGGUGGCUCAUGAGGGCUUUCUGUAUGUGUUUGGAGGCAUGCUGGAUUCUGCUUACACCAUGUGGACGACUCCCCUCUGGGUGUUUGACAUUGCAAAGAAGAAAUGGGUGCACUGGAAGGGAAAGACGAGCUCCCGCCAGACCCAAAUGCCAACCAACAGAAAAGGACACAGCGCUGUGGUGAUCGGCUCGUCGAUGCUGCUGUACGGAGGCUUUGUGGACAUGAAAGGAUCCUCGCAGGAAUUCUGGAGUUUGGAUUUUGAUACCAUGGCGUGGUCCCUGCUGAGUGGUUCUCAGGAGGGCUCAGCAGGACCAGGACCCAGACACAGCCACUCUGCGAUGGCCCACCAGAGCUGCAUGUAUCUGUUCGGGGGUUUGAAAGGUUUACGGGAGCAGAGAGACUUCUGGAAGUGGAGUGCCACCAAUCACACAUGGACUUCACUCAAAAACAAGUCCGGUCCCUCUAGACUGAUGGGACACUCUGCUGUGGCCUACAAGGACUACAUGCUUCUUUUCGGCGGAGGUGAGAGCCAGAACUCUCCAAACAACUGCCUGUGGAGGUACAGCUUCACCUCUCAGAGCUGGGAGAAGUUACCCACGCUGCCAGGCUCCAACCCUCCAGACAGGAUCCACCACUGCUGCGCCGGACUGGGUCCCAGCUAUAAGUCCAACACCGGCAGCACCUGCUCCAGCUCAGAACUGGAACCGGGUGGGAAGCUCAGGCCCUUCAAGAACAAAUGCUUCCCUGCACCACUCACUUUCCUGGGGUCGGAGGGCGCUAUAGAGCUGGAGACGUUCAGCCCGGACAAAUGCUACGGUGACAGGAAAGAGAGCAUGAUGGGAAAAGACGCACAGCAGAUCGGAAACUGUUUGACGUUUGAGAACAAAGCUUUCCAGAAACAGUGGAGCUACUCAGAGGAGGAUGGAGAUAUAACCCAACACCUGCCUGAUCUGCUGCUGGUGGUGGGGGGGCGACCGUGCACCGGACACAGUCCCAUCUCUGUAUGGCAAAUGACCCUAACUGACUCUUAACUAUUCAGAACAAAGCUUUUCACUAUAUGAGACGCAUGAAAAAAGAACUUCAGUGUUACAUUAUCACUUCACCUUUUACUACAUUUCACGUUUACUGAUAUUUACAGACACUGUGAGGCCGAAAAAUACCUUGAGAUAUAUAUGUUUUAUAAGUCUGUUACAUUUGUUAUAUGGAUUUACGGUGUGUAUUUAUACAUUUAUCACACAUUUACUUUGUCCAGUAGUCAAAUAAAUAAAUUAAAAAGUCAGUAAGAGCACUUAUUUCAAUUGUUACAGAUAUUAAAGUGGUGAUAUUGUGGUGGUUGACUCUUCUGUGCUGGUGUAUGGAGGCUUUGUAGACAUGAAAGGAUCCUCACAAGAUUUCUGAAUUUUGGAAUUUGGUGAGUUUCUCAUCUUUAAAAAAUGUGGGUCAGUAUCAGUAUGGUCACAUGAUAUAACCACUUAUGAAUAUGCUGAUCCAAAAAGGGGAAAUCCAUUUCUCCACCACAGAGGACACAGUUGUAUUUUGGUAAAGUGAAGGCCUCAAUAUGAUUAAAAUAACUCCAACCAAUAGAAACAUCAGCAACAACAGAAGAAAUA